CCUAAUUCUUUCCGUCAUGCGUACCAAAUUACCAAUGGCUCCCCACCUCCUGGCCGUGGCCGUGGCCGUGUCCGCCAUCAUCGCCGCCGUAUCGCUGCUCGCGCCCGGCGCCGCUGGCUACCCGUGGCCAUUUUGUGGCACGAGCAACGACUUCAAGCCCAACAGCACAUACCAGGCCAACCUCAACCUCCUCGCCGCCACGCUGCCCAAGAACGUCUCGGCGUCCCCGACCCUCUACGCCACCGCCGUCGUCGGCGCCGUCCCGGAGCAGGUCUGGGCCAUGGGGCUCUGCCGCGGCGACACCAACGCCAGCAGCUGCCUCGCCUGCCUCACCCAGGCGUUCCAGGACCUGCCCAACGACUGCUCCUACAACAAGGACGCCACCAUCUACUACGACCCCUGCAUCCUCCACUACUCCGACGUCCACACCCUCCCCGACGACGACACCGGCCCGACGACACUGUCCUACACCGUCAACAACAACGCCAACGUCACCUCCGACCCGGCCCGGUUCGAGCGCCUCCUCGCCGCCCUCGUCAACGCCACCGCCGAGCACGCCGCGUACAACUCCACGCGGCGGUUCGCCACGGGGGAGGCCGACUUCGACCAGGAGUUCCCCAAGGUGUACACCCUGGCGCAGUGCACGCCGGACCAGACGCCGGCGCUGUGCCGCAAGUGCCUCGCCGGGCUCAUAUCGCAGUCGCUAGACGGGUUCCAGAGCAAUAUCGGAGGCAGGGUGCUCUGGGUCAACUGCACCUGGCGAUACGAGACCGCGCCCUUCUUCAAUGGACCGGCCAUGGUGCGGCUGGCAACGUCGAGCCCUCCAGCGCCAGCGCCGGCUGGGACGACGACGGCAGCGGCAGGAGGAGGGGAGAGGAAGUACAGUGUGUUCAUUGUGGUUCUUGCAGUUGUGCUGCCUACUCUUGCUGCCCUAAACCUUGUGUUUUGCUUCUGUUUCUGGAGGCGGCGGCGACAAGUAGCACAAGCAAAGCAGUCACAGGCCAUGUAUUCCACUGAAGCAGAGGACAUGGAGACGGUGGACUCCAUGAUGAUCGACAUCUCCACCCUACGAGCCGCAACAGGGAAUUUCGACGAAACAAACAAGCUCGGUGAAGGCGGAUUUGGCGCGGUGUACAAGGGCGUUCUCCCGGACGGCGACGAGAUAGCGGUGAAGCGGCUGUCGAAGAGCUCGACACAGGGAGUGGAGGAGCUGAAGAACGAGCUCGCGUUGGUCGCCAAGCUGAAGCACAGGAACCUCGUCAGACUCGUCGGCGUGUGCCUGGAGCAGCAAGAACGACUGCUCGUGUACGAGUUCGUCCCCAACCGGAGUCUCGACCUGAUACUCUUCGGUACUACUGAUAAACGUGAGCAGCAGCUUAGCUGGGAGCAGAGGUACAAGAUCAUAAACGGCAUCGCUCGAGGCUUGCAGUACCUCCAUGAGGACUCCCAGCUCAAAGUAGUCCACCGUGAUCUCAAGGCCAGCAACAUCCUGCUAGACGUGGAGAUGAACCCCAAGAUCUCAGAUUUUGGCCUCGCGAGGAUCUUCAGUCGAGACCAAACACAGGCCAUCACCAGCCGCGUUGUUGGAACCUAUGGGUACAUGGCGCCAGAAUACCUAAUGCGCGGGAACUACUCGGUGAAAUCGGACGCGUUCAGCUUCGGCGUCAUGGUGCUGGAGAUCGUCACCGGGAGGAAGAACCACGACAGCUUCCACCACAACUCCCAGAAGUCUGGAGACCUCUUGACCACCGUAUGGGAGCACUGGGAGGCCGGGACAGUGGCGGAGCUGGUGGAUCCAUCCCUGGGCGGAAGCUUCCCGGAGGGCGACGUGCUGAGGUGCAUCCACAUCGGCCUGCUCUGCGUCCAGGGAGACCCCGCGGCCCGGCCGGUGAUGUCGUCCGUCGUCAUGAUGCUUGGAACCGACACAGUCACCCUCCAGGCUCCAUCCAAGCCGGGAUUCUUCGCCAGAAAGAGUGGCACUAACACGACCGUGUCCGCUGAUGUGUCGUCGAUUUAGAGAUUGUCAUGACUCAUGAGAGUAUAGAGCAACAAGGUAGCUUGUGCAAAUAGUACGAGUAGGUAGCUACCUUUUUCUCAUGGUAGCAUUGUGUUUUUUAACUUGAAAAUAUUUUAAAUAGUUUUUUUUUAUUUUUUUAAUUGUAUUGUAGUGAUUCUCUCUCCAUGCUCUAGCAUUACUAUCAACAAGAUAGGCCCUAUGAGAUAUCAGAUAUGCA